CGUCAGUCUCAGUGGAUACAGCCUUUAGUGGUCGGCUGGCAGGUCCCGGCUAUGGAAGUGCUAUAACUCCCACUUCGGACUUAUGCGGAAAGAGAGCCUUUAGACUGUAGGGUUCGUAGUCGCAGACGGUGAGGUGUCGCCUGCAUUCCACCGCCCCGUUCCUUUAACGUGCCCGGUACCGAGCAGACAUGGCGGCCCCGCUCGCUCAGUUUGACGAAGACUGGCAAGACUUUUAUGAGUUCCGGCCCCCUGCCGCGUCCCCCGGGCCCAAGAGUAACCUGGACAGAGUUAACUCCAACCCGUCAGAGGCGCAGGGAGGACUGGCAGCGCUCGAUGACCUCACCGAGCUGGACAACGGCUUCUCUGUGGAGAUCAUGGGGGGGUUCAAGUCCAUGGAGGAUCUGGUUAACGACUUCGACGAGAAGCUCACCGUGUGUUUCCGCAACUACAGCACCGACACCGGCAACAUCGCCCCGGUCGGGCCCAUCACUGAGGAGGGCAUCAUGAAGGACGAUGAAAUCUGGAACACCUUGACUGACAACUAUGGGAAUGUUAUGCCAGUUGACUGGAAGACAUCUCACACCAGAACCUUGCAUUUGCCAACUUUGAACCUUUUGGAAAAGGCAACGAACAACAAUUUGAAUCUUGACUUGUCUGAUGAUGAGGAGUUAAGGGAACAACUAGAUAUGCAUUCGAUCAUUGUCUCCUGCAUCAACGAAGAGCCUCUCUUUACAGCUGAGCAGGUUAUUGAAGAGAUAGAGGAGAUGAUGCAGGAAUCCCCUGAUCCAGAGGAGGAAGAUACACCCCAGUCGGACCGUCUCUCCAUGCUUUCACAAGAAAUCCAGUCGCUCAAGAAAUCUUCUACAGAUAGCGCAUAUGAAGAAAGAGUGAAGAGAAUGUCCGUUGCGGAGUUAAAUGACCUACUUGAAGAAAUUGAAACCGCUAUUAAGGAUUACUCUGAAGAACUAGUGCAACAGCUGGCUUUGAGAGAUGAGCUAGAGUUUGAGAAAGAAGUGAAAAACAGCUUUAUUUCUGUCCUCAUUGAAGUCCAGAACAAGCAGAAAGAGUAUAAAGAGAACCUGAAAAAGAAGAAAAGGCUGAAGGGUGGGAGUUCGCAGAACGGCAAGCAGGAGAGAAGUCACAUCCCGGGGACGCGCUUCAGCAUGGAAGGCUUGUCAAACGUAAUACAGAAUAGCUUUCGUCAGACGUUUGGGAAUUCAGGUGGAGAGAAACAGUAUUUGACCACAGUUAUUCCAUAUGAAAAGAAAAGCGGCCCUCCGUCUCUUGAAGACCUCCAGAUACUAAGUAAAAUACUUCGGGCAAUGAAAGACGACAGUGAGAAGGUACCAACUUUACUAACGGACUACAUUUUAAAAGUUCUGUGCCCUACUUAAGAAGCCCCCGGUUUCUGAAGACUGCUCGUGUACCUGCCUCGGGAUACAGUGUUUCCUGUAAUUGUUCCACGCGUUUUUCAUGGUUCCAUUAAGUGUUGCCUAUCGGGCCUUGUAGCUGAAAUUAUAAUCGCCGACAUCCCAUUUCUCUUAACAAAAUGUAUUUUGAGCACGGUGGUAGAUGUAUUCAGCGCCUUCAUGUGCCUGUGAUAGCAAAGUAUUACGUAGCCGCGUUCCACCAUUGCUUGCAGAGUGCAGACAACUGCUUGUCCCUUGCAUGCACGUCCACCUGGUCGUAGCCCUUUGAAUUGCCAUGUCGUGAAGGGUUAAUACGAUCUAUGAACAAAUGUACAGUUUUAACCUGUUUUUAUGUGUUAAAAUCUAUUUUUACAGCAAAUACGAGUAAAAACACUAAUUUUACGGUUUUAAGAGGGGGGGGAAUAAGGUUUAUUACUCAUACCAAUUUUAACUGGCAGACCCUGUUGUCUGCUUACUAGUUAUAUUAAUACUGUUAACUCUAAUGUAUAAAAGGGAUCAAAUUCUAAUUGCACUGAUUUUAUUUUUCCAACAAUAUUAAAAAUGUACAAAACACAGUAGAAAUCUGGAAACUGAGUUUAUCCUGGGAUUAAAAUGUUUAUUAAUCUCAUGAUCUACCUGUUUCAUUGUAAAUAGCCCCGAACCCUCAUUAACUGGUUAUGGAAACAUAAACGUUCGUGUUCGUUGUUUUGUUUUGUUUUUUUGUUUUUUUUUUUUUUGGCCUUUUCAAAUAUCCAUUAAAUAAACCUGCAAAGAUGUUUAAAUGUAUAGGCUACACAACAUAAAUUGUCAAAAUAUGCCUGUAAACCUAGAUAUUUUUUAAUUACCAUAUUUUUAACUCUUAAUGGCA